GCGAACUGCAUCUUAAAAUCGGUACUCUCACGCAUCAUAAAAUUAAGAAGAGAACGACGGCGUUCCUUGUACGCAACGCAAAGGCGUCGUUUUAAAUUAUGCCGCCGGCGAAGAAGGGAAAAGCAAAGGCGGAGCCUAGGGUAACGCCGCCGCCGGAGAAACCUAACAACUUUCCGUCUUGUAUUCGCUGCGUGCCUCCUUCCUCCGUCGCCGUAACCAUCCACGCCAAACCUGGUUCCAAAUCUGCGUCCGUAACCGAUAUUAGCGAUGAAGCGGUGGGAGUGCAAAUUGACGCACCUGCCAGGGAUGGCGAAGCAAAUGCGGCUCUUCUCGAUUUCUUCAGUUCUGUUUUAGGUGUGAAACGUAGACAGGUCUCUCUAGGCACAGGUUCUAAGUCGAGAGAUAAAACGGUGAUCGUGGAAGAUGUAACUCAGCAGUAUGUUUUUGAUGCUCUGGAUAAAGUCUCGAAGCAGUAGUCAUGUUUUUCAUUGAUGAGACGAGGCAUCUUGCUGUUAUUAUUAUUAUCUGUUAGAAGACUAAUAUAGUGGUAGCGUAGCAGUGAAGAGCGUUGUAUUUGUUUUAUUUUGUUUUUUUGCUUCAUAGUGCGUACUGCAGUGUAUACUUUGACAACUAGAUGAUGGUGUGUGCAUGUUUGGGUUCAAUUCAAUUCUUCUAUUGAUUCCAAUUUCGUAAAUGUUUGUUA